CUCUGUUCUUCCACGCGGCGACUCUAGUUCAAGUGUCGCUCUCAAGGCUCUGGAUCUUUAAGCUUUUGUAAGGUCAGGGCGUCGCAGCGUCCGUCAUGCUGCUGCUGGCGAUGAAGGGCACAGCUGCCGUCCUCUCCUUUGCGUAUGUCAUGUGCUCUCCUGCAGUCGGCCAGAAGGUGGGUCGCCUUUAUGAGGAUGCACAGCACUGCAGUGUGUCAUCCAUCGGUUGAUGUAAGUAUCUUCCUAUCUUACUGGCGACUUGUUUGUCUGUCUGCAGGUGAGCAUUUCCUAUCCCCCGGCGCGUGAGCACUCCGCCCGGUUGUUGAGAGGCGUGCGAGCGCUCCAAGUCAGCCGAGCGGACAACAACCCUUGCAAACCCUAUGAGGGGACAGGCUGUGAGUACCCCGAGAUCUGCCGCGCCUCCCAAGAGAAUGGAGAGCCCUGGGUUCUGUGGUGCGAAAACCCAGAAGGUUUGCAAUGAGUGCACUCACAAAGAAAUCAAACCGCCACCAAUCUGAUGCUCUGUUGUGCCGUUGCUUGUCGUGUGUGGUCUGCUGGGCUGGCUUGCCCGCAAUCAGAUGGUACCCGUCGGGAGCCGGAGGGCCAGGCCAACGACGGUGCUCUGGGCAGCUUCGUCUCGCCCUGCCACCCCUACAGGGACAGCGGAUGCGUCUAUCCUGAGGUACCUACCGACAUACACCCACCCCAACCCAAACACAGGGACUGCACUGUCUGUCACACAUGUCAUGUUGGCAGGUGUGUCAGGCCAGCCAGGGAUAUCAGGAAGGCUGGAGGGUAGUCUGCGAGAACCCAAGUGAGCCCAAACCACCAAAACAAUCCCCUGGGUCGGAUGCAUGCCCAUUUGUUGGGUGUGGUGAUCGCUUGCAGCCGAUGGCACGGUUCGCGACCCGACUGAGCCUGGAGGCGGUGGUGGUGGUGGCAACACGACAGAAGAAGACCCCGCGUAUUCCACGAGUAACCCGUGUGAGCCCUGGGAGGAGUCUGGGUGUUUUGGCGAGGAGAUGUGCAUGGCUGAGAAGCACUGGGACAGCAGCCAGAGCUUCGAGUCAGUGCCCUGGGUCAUCUGGUGCGAAACCGAGUGUAAGUCAAAGAGUGAGAGAGAGAGAGAGAGAGAGAGAGAGAUCGACCAUCUAUCUAUUCAUGGGUCUGUCUGAAUCUCUCUCUGUGUGUGCCAGCUGGCGAGAAGCGCUACAUCACGCCCCACAUUGACCCUCCCAGCUCUCCGGAGGCAUCAGUGGCGGUCACGCCACCGAUAGAUCCUAUCGACCCGCAGGAAGCCGACCCUGCCCCCGCCCCUCCAACAGCAUCAGCGUCAGCAGGAUCGUCAGCGACGCCAGACGACGCCCCCGCGACACAGGCAGACCUCCCGGCCAUCUCUUCCGGCACCGCAGACGACCCCACCGCCCUCACUGAGGGCUCUGGGUCGUCUGCGGCGACGUCCGCCCCGCCGGUGACCGACACGGAGGAGGAAGAGGAGCCCGUUGAGGAGGAAGUCAGUGAGUCGACCGCCCCGCCGCUGGAGGAAGACCCGGACCUGCUGGGCAAGAUCACGUCGGGCUCGGAUGAGGGGACCGACACGGAGACCGACACGGAGGCUGGGGAGGGUGAAAGUGACGGCGAGGGGGAGGGGGAGGCAGCGAGCGAUGGAGGCGAGAGUGGCGGCGAGAGCAGCACUGAAGAUGGGAGUCAGUCCUCAGAGGCGGAGGGUGCUGACGGGGCUGUUGCUGGCGCGCCAGGUGCCGGAAGCAGCUCCUACACACCAGCGGGCGGGGGCAUCCUGCCUGCACCCUAGACAGGCAGGCAGGCAGACGUGAACUCAUACAUGAAGGCAGUUCUGUGCGGUUGGCUCGUCGCUGUGUGUGUGUGUGUGUGAGUGUGUGUGUGCAUGUGUGUGUGCAUGUGUGUGUGAAGGAGCGAUGGAUGGGCUGGCUGUUUUGUCAAUGCAUAGACGGUAGCUGGCAAUGCAAGCAAGGCAUGUGAAUACGUACAUGUGACAUGUACGUGCGUGCGUGCAUGUCCCUCCUCUCUCCACCCACCCACCCUCCGUGUUUUUCCUUCGUGUGCGGCCCAGCACAUACACGAAUACACGACAGUGUAUGUAAUGUGGUGCCCACACAGAGACGUACGUACGGAAUUUUGUUUCAUGCAUGCAUCAUGACGGUCUUAAGAGAUGGCUGCCAUUGGCUGGCUGGUGGCUGGCGGCUGGGCGUGGGGUUUUAGACGGGUUUGUGUGCGGUGGGUGGGUGGGGCGGUACGUGUAUGUGUGUGAAUAUGGGUGUGGUAGAGUGUUAGUCGUGGGUGGUACGGUGGUGCGGUACGGUGUGCGGUGUGGUGUUUUAUAACAUUUUUGUCGACGUGUCGGGUUCGCUAGUCAUGCGCACGCUUGCCGGCCGGCGUGAUUGUUAGUGAUUGAUGAAGCAAGCCGUUUUUGAGGGAUUGAUCAGAUCAGAUAGAUCUGAUCAGCAGCUAGGCGCCUUAUUCCACGCAUGCCAUGCAUUUGGUCAUUUUGACUCCCAAACAGACAAACACAGACACGGACAAACCGACGAACUGGCAUGCACUUUUUGAUGAAUUCCCUGCUGAUGGGAUUGCAGCCUUUAA